GGAACAACCAGCCAAGAGUUAAUUUCAUUGAUUCUAGCUUAACAGCUUUAAUCAAGAUUGUACAAUAAUGGUUAUUGCAAAAAAAUACGUCUUGGCAAAACACUUCGAGGGAGAGCCGAAGGUAUCAGACUUGGCUAUUGUCGAUGAAGAAUUACCUGUUCUCAAAGAAGAAGAAUAUCUUAUCCAAGCUGAGUUCUUAUCUGUUGAUCCGUACAUGAGGGUGUACACACAGCGGUACCCAGUGGGAAUCACGAUGAUUGGACGUCAAAUUGGUAAGAUAAUAGCAUCGAAAAAUAAAGACUAUCCAGUUGGCAAACGAGUUGUUGCUAAUGUGGGCUGGCGUACACACACUAUCAUUGAUCCAAAUUCUAAGGAGCACUUUGGUCAGCCACCAUAUGUGUUGCCUGAUUUUGGUACCCUACCCGCGUCCUUAGGCCUCGGAGUAUUGGGCAGGCCAGGCAACACCGCUUACUUUGGAUUAGUUGAAAUCUGUCAGCCCAAAGCUGGGGAAACACUCGUUGUAAGUGGUGCAGCUGGUGCAGUUGGCUCUCAUGUGGGACAGAUUGGUAAGAUUCUUGGAUUAAGGGUGAUUGGGAUUGCGGGCUCUGAUGCAAAGUGCAAAUGGCUCAAGGAAGAACUUGGAUUCGAUCAUGCUAUCAAUUACAAAACCCAAGAUAUUACAGCAGCUCUGGAGAAAGCUGCUCCUCACAAAGUUGACUGCUACUUCGACAAUGUCGGCGGAGAGAUCUCUAAUAUUGUAAUGAAUCAAAUGAACAAUUUCGGUCGUGUAUCAGUAUGUGGAAGUAUUUCCUCAUACAAUGCUCAGAGUGAUGCUCUCCCAAAGUGUUCUGUUGUUCAGAAAAUGGUUGUCACCUUACAAUUGAGGAUAGAAGGAUUUAUAGUGAGCCGUUGGGAUCAUCGUUUAAUGGAGGGUAUUGAGCAGAAUUAUCAAUGGGUGAAGGAAGAAAAGUUGAAGUACCGUGAAACAGUCACUGAAGGAUUUGAAAAUACGUUCGAAGCAUUCGCUGGAAUGCUGCAAGGAAAAAAUAGUGGAAAGGCUAUUGUUAAAGUUUGAGAUUGAUUUCCACUUUCAUCUAUUUUUUCUCAUGCAA